UACGGUCCUCGUACAAUUAAUUGUGUUCAUCAACGCAAUCAAUGUAAAUCAACAGUGUACAGUGUCUUUAAAAUAUGAUCUGAAGGAAAAAUCACCUUUAAUUCUUCACCCAACAGAUACAAGUUGGGAAAGAGCAUUUAUCAUGCCUAACAAAGAAGGAAUUAUAUCGUUGCGGAAUUUCGAGUACGUCCUGAUGGCAUGUCCUGGCAGUAAUUUGGUUAUAAAAAAUCAAAAUUUACAGCCAUCACAGGCAAUAGCUAGAUGUAUUUCGGGAAAAUACGCUAUUCUGUCAGCAAGUGUUGAUAUAGGUGACAUCAAAUGUAGACAAACACCUAAGGCCACGGUCAGAAAUGAAAGAAUUUCCUGUAUUAACAGAGGCAGACUGCUCUUUAUAGGUUUCUCUCUGACUGAUCGUUUCAUUACAUUUAUAAAGUUAUGUUUCGAUGACUUCUACUUGACUACUAAGUACACAGAACAUAUUGUAUCUAAAGCCAUAUGUGCACAUCAGGCUAACAUUCAAAGAUCCGAGUUUACUGAAGACAAUUUAUUUAAUUUGCAAGAAGGUGUUCGGGAAAUAUACAAGAAAUCAAUGCAAAUGACGAAAAUUAAUAAAGUUUUAGGAUUAAACUACGUAGAGAAUUCUGGUAAUAAGUACUUGAGUAGGGGUCAUUUAGCUGCAAAAGUGGAUUUCCUUUAUGCUGCGCAGCAACACGGUACCUUCAAAUAUGCGAAUGCCUUGCCGCAAUGGCAAACGUUGAAUUUGAACCAAUGGUACACUCUUGAGAAAAAUAUUAGGGACUACAGUUGUAACAACAACUUGGACUUAAUUGUUUACACUGGCGGUUUUAAAGUGAUGACGUUAGUGGAUGUGAGAAAUUAUGGUUAUUAUAUCUACAUGUAUAAUCAAAAGAUUCCUGUGCCAAAAUACUUUUGGAAAGUAAUCCGUAAUCCAGCCACAGGAGAUGGCAUUGCCUUCAUUGCUUUGAACAAUCCAUAUAGCACUGAUACCCCAGAGAUAACAUGUAGAAACGUCUGCAGUCAAAUCACUUGGCUUACAUGGAAUAGAAGCGAUCCAUCCGUGACUUGCUGCUAUUUAAAUGAAGCGAGGCUUAUUAUUAAUAAUAUUCCUUAA